CCCGCCCCGGGGGGGGGGAGGGGAGAGCAGAGCAGAGCCCAGUGAGCACCAGACCGACGCUGAACGGGUCGGGACGGAAGAUCGGCGGCGAGAGACCAGGACCCAGGUAAGCUGUUCAUACUAUUAGUAAGAAAACAUAAGCAAUGGAAGCAAUGCUUGACAAUUGAGCUUCAUCUCCAGUCACAGUUCUGUUCUGGCUCUGAUCCGAAUAAAACUCAGCCCAGCAUUCACUCUCGCCUAGCUCCCAAAGUGCAGAGAUCCGAAAGCGGAGCAUUAUUCUGCGAAUACGAACGCAAUCAAUGAGUGAGUGCAGGUAUGCUUAAAAGAGCGAACAUAAGGAAAGACGCAGACAAAGAUACGAUGGAAAGGAAAAGGAAGGAAGGGGAUGAGAGCAUGGUGUCUGCCACGGCAAAGAAAAGUAAAAAGCAAAUAGAAUGUUUCUUAGAUCCAGAGGUGGAGGAAGAAACAGUUCAGCAACCUCCGACCAAGACGAGGAGACGGAGAAAGAAGAAGAUCUCUGAUGUUCUGGCAGACAGUGCCCCCAAGCCUGCUACCUCUGACGAUUUGCAGAAUCUGAUUGUCCAGCAUUUCAAAGGCGAACGGUCUGUCAUUGAACUGGAAGCAAUGAAGCUGCCAGAUUCCUGUUUCCUUCAGAGCAAUGACCUCACGCACACUCUGUCUUCCUACCUGAAACAAGUCUGUCCCAAGUGGGUGAAGCUGUCCAAGAGCCACACAGAGAAGAAAUCCGUGCUGAUGUUAAUCAUGUGUAGCUCUGCCCUCCGAGCCCUCAAACUCAUCAGGAUGCUGUCGGCCUUUAAAAGUGACUCUAAGACUCUGAAGUUGUUUGCAAAACACAUCAAGAUAGAAGAACAGGUCAAGUUGCUGUCGAGCGGUGUUGUCCAUCUUGGUGUGGGAACUCCAGGGCGCAUUAGAAGUCUGAUAGAUCAAGAUGCACUCAGUCUGCAGUCUCUGAAGUACAUGAUCCUGGAUUGGAAUUGGCGUGACCAGAAACUUAGAAAAAUGAUGGAUAUUCCAGAGGUUAAAAAGGAAACGCUGUUGAUGCUGGAGACGAGCAUCAUAUCUGCCUGUCAAUCAGGGUCUGUCAAACUGGGUCUUUUCUAAUACAAAAUGUCAUUCGCCAAGAAAAGGCUUGCUUACAUCUGUGUGGAAACAGAACAAUUGGCGUCAGGGUCUGAAACGCAGCGAUUUCUAGUGGGAUUCUUUGGUAAGGAACUCUUUUCUGACCUGAUCUACUCCCAGAGCUGAAUUUCCGCAGAUGGAAGUUACGGUAGUUACAGGCGCUGGAAAGAGUCCCCAUUUGCAACACGGAAUUCGUGUUAAGGAAUCCGAUUAGAAAUCAUUACAUUUUAUACCCUUUCC